GGCGCAAGUGGAGCGAUGAGCGGCGCCGUGCGCUCGGUUCGGAAGGGCAUCUCGUGUCCGUUCCAGGACCCGAACUGCACGCGCAUCGUGGAGACGCUCUCCUCCUGGAACGAUACGGGGGUCAAUGAGUACCGGCUGGUGGACCUGCCAUCUGUUACCACCUCUAUGGCCAUGGUGCAGGAGACCCCUCGUCACCCCUUCCCCACUGUGGACGUACCUGACCACGCCCAUUACACUAUAGGGGCCGUCAUCCUGGCUAUCGGCAUCACCGGCAUGGUGGGCAACUUCCUGGUUAUCUAUGCCUUCAGCAGGAGCAGGUCACUGAGGACUCCAGCCAACAUGUUCAUCAUUAACCUGGCCAUCACAGACUUCCUGAUGUGCCUCACACAGGCACCCAUCUUCUUCACCACCUCCAUGCACAAGAGAUGGAUCUUCGGAGAGAAAGGCUGUGAGCUGUAUGCAUUCUGCGGGGCUCUAUUUGGGAUCUGCUCUAUGAUCACUCUGAUGGUGAUAGCAGUGGACCGCUACUUUGUGAUCACGCGUCCAUUGGCUUCCAUUGGGGUGCUGUCCAAGAAACGAGCCCUGCUCAUCCUCAUGGCUGCCUGGGUCUACUCACUGGGAUGGAGCCUGCCCCCUUUCUUCGGCUGGAGCGCCUAUGUUCCAGAGGGUCUGUUGACCUCCUGUACAUGGGACUAUGUGACCUUCACCCCGUCAGUGCGUGCCUACACCAUGCUGCUCUUCACCUUUGUCUUCUUCAUCCCCCUCAUCGUCAUCAUGUACUGCUACUUCUUCAUCUUCAGAGCCAUACGUACAACUAACAAGGCUGUAACCAAGAUCAAUGGCACUGGGAGCACCAGAGACUCCAUUAAGAGUUUCCAUCGGCUGAAGAAUGAGUGGAAGAUGGCUAAGAUCGCUCUUAUUGUCAUCCUCCUCUACGUCAUCUCUUGGUGCCCCUACUCCGCUGUGGCCCUGACCGCAUUUGCAGGGUAUGCAGAUUUUCUGACUCCCUACAUGAACUCAGUGCCUGCUGUGAUCGCCAAGGCUUCAGCCAUUCACAACCCCAUCAUCUAUGCCAUCACCCACCCCAAGUACAGGAUGGCCAUAGCCAAGUACAUCCCGUGCCUGGGGUUUUUGCUGUGUGUACGUAGACGCGACCUGCGAUUCACCAAUCACAGCUUCAUGUCCACCCGACGAUCCACUGUCACCAGCCAGACCUCCGACAUCGGCGACCGCUUACACCGCACCAGCACUGUCAAGUCCCGCCUCUCCUCCGCCUCCGACAGCGAAUCGGGCUGGAUAGAUACUGAGGCUGACCUCUCCAGUAUGGGCUCCUGGCCGGCUAGCCGCCAGGUGUCCUGUGAUAUCAAUAAGGACACAGCCGAGCUCCCACACUUCAAGCCCUCCAGCUCCAGCUCCAAGUCCAAGAUGAAGGGCCACGACUCUGGCAUCUUUGAGAAGGUAACUAACACAUCAAGAAGCACCAUAACUAGAGGAAUGAUUGGACGGAUCACCAGCAUCGUCAUCACCUCCGAGACCAGCCCCUUCUUACCUGUCCUUAGGACCAGUUCCCAUGGUUCCAGUACCAGGCCAGCCAAUGGCAAUGCAGAUGUAGGGUCUGUAACUAAGGGGCCACUGGAGAGUGUCCAGCAGGGUUAA